GAGCCCCGUGCGCCAUGCAAUCCCUGCGCGACUGGCCCCCAAUGCCCUGCGCCCUACGGCCCUCGCCCUUCCCGCACCCUGUGCUGCAGGCUCUCCACCGCCUGGCCCGCGCGCUACUUUUCCCAGCCUGUUGGGCCCUGGACCACCUGCUGGGCUACUGGGUGCCGGCCGCGCGCCCGAGCGGCCCGUGGCUGAGCAUAGCGGCGGGCAUUGGAGCGGUGCUGCUGCUGCUGCUGCUGCUGCUGCUGCUGCUGCUGCUGUUUCUCAUCGGCCUGCCUCUGGCCUUGCCAGGCCUGCUGCUCUGGCUGCUGCUGCAAGCCUGGCGCCGCCCCUUCUGCUACCAGCUCCCUCCCCAGAGCUGGGCGCGCCCCGCGCCCUGGCGCCCCUCAGCUGAGCCCUCGCGCUGCUUCAGCUUCCUCAGGGCCAACGUGUGCCUGCUCCCCGACGGUUUGGCGUGCUUCAGCAACUUGCAGCACAGCCAGCAGCGGGCCGAGGCCAUGGGCGCCGCGCUGCUCGCCGGCCUGCGGCGUUCUCGCUAUGGGGUUGCAGGCUGUGGUCCGCCAGUGCAGGGUAUGCCGUGAGGGGUGCUGAUAGGUGUCAUGCCAGCGAGUCUGGACUUCGUGUGCCUGCAGGAGGUGUUCGAUCUGCGCGCAGAGCAACGCCUGGUGAGACGCCUGGCACCCAGUUUGGGCCGGGUGUUGUACGACGUGGGCACAUUCGGCCUGCAGCCCGGGCUGCGUCUCAAGCUGCUGGGCAGCGGGCUGCUGCUGGCCUCACGCUAUCCUCUGCUGCGCGCCGCCUUCCGGUCCUUCCCCCAAGCGUGUCGCGAGUACGCGCUGGCCUCCAAAGGACUACUUUCCGCACAGGCGCAGCUAGGCAUCCUGAAUGGGCGCAGCAUCGUGGGCUUCCUGCACUGCACGCACCUUCAUGCGCGGAGUGAGGACGGGCUCUUGCGCUGCAAACAGCUGACGCUGCUGCUGGACUGGGCCGAACAGUUCGCGGCUGAGAGCCGCCAGAGUGACAAGGCCGUGGCCUUCAGCAUGCUCUUGGGUGACCUGAACUUUGACAACUGCUUGCUAGACCACGCACAAGAGCAACAGCACCAUCUUUUCAGCCGCUUCCAGGAUCCCUGCAGGCUGGGCACACGUCAGGAGCAGCCCUGGGCCCUGGGAACGUUGCUGAGAACCUCCAAGCUGCACCACUCAGUGGCCUUCUCCCCAGAGAUGCUGCGGAGGGCCCUGGAGCAGGAGGAAGGGCGCCGCCGCUACCUGGCAGGCCCUCCCAGGGGAGGCCGCAGAGCUAAGCCCUGGCGCGGCCGGCAUCUGGACUACAUCACCUACAGAGGAGUGUCCUGAGGCCUGAGCCCAGAGGUGGAACAGGUGACAUUCAGCACCGCCCUAGCGGGGCUCAUGGACCACCUGGCGGUGGGACUUUGGCUCCGCAUUUCCAUGCCCUCCUAAGGCAGGCACACAGGAGACAGGUGCCAGGACAGAUGGAAAGACAAACAGGGACACAGAAUGUGAGCCUGGCUGGUCGCCGUGGGAACUGGGCACCUUAAGGGGUCUUUAUUGUGUGGGCCCUUCUUCACACAGCCUCCUGGGCCCUGCGGUACUCAUAGAUGCUGCCCCGCUUGGGGAAGGCUCGAGGCUGCGAGGGCGAUCCUGGUGGUGGGGCGGGGUCCUCUGGGUCCCCAAAGCCCCCGCCACCCGGUGUUUGGAGGCAGAACACGUCCUGUUGGGGAGAGGGCCGGUUCAGCGACAGUAUGGGCUCCACCCCGCCUCCCACUUUGGUCCCAUCCCCACUGGGGUAGCACAUCCAUAGCAGCAGCUUAGACCGCAGAGACCUGGCUCACGGCCCCCUAUUCUUCAGGAAUCAAAUUAAACUCAUUCUCUGGUUA